AUGAUUACCGGGUGUUACACUUGUCAGAAGAUAAUACAACAACGGCUGAGGUUAUUGGGUGGUGUCGUCGGCAGUACUCGAACACCCACUCCCACGGCUGCAACGCAUACGAACGGCGCUACUGACCAUCGAAAUAUCAACUAUCAGGAACCGUCAUAUGCUACGAAAACCGCUGCCUAUCAUCAUCAGCGUUCCGUAUCUGCGCUACCUCUUCAAGACCACUCUCAAAACUUCUCGAGGCGGAUCGCCUCCCAAUCACAGCAUACAUAUCAACAGCCCUCUCCAAGUCCUGCCCUAAAAGGACACGUCUAUCAUCGUGAAAAUUCAAAUCUCACUGCAGCAGCUCGAAGCAGCGAUCGAUCUCUGUCCGCGUUUGCAAUGCCAUCAGCUCCAGCAUUGCAUGCACACAAAGUUCAACGAGCAUCACAAUACGAAUGUAAUGCGGCCAUUUCACCUGCGCACAGUGCAAACAGUGUCACUUCAUCGACUGGUGGUUCUUUACUGCAACAUCCCGCGUCACGUCUGUCAUCGUCGAAUGUGCACGCAUCACAGCUAGAUCAAGCCGCAUAUGUUCGCGAUGAGAUUUUCGACAAUCACAUCCCUGCACAGCCUGCCUCGUUGCAACCGACCACUUCAUCCAGUCAUCUUCCUACACCGUCAUCAACACCGACAACUCAGCGCCGAAAUCGUCGUAUCUCGAAUCUUUUUCAACGACCAAAAGAUCAUAAUCAUGACGAGAAAUCGCAUAAAACUGCUAUUGAUCUCAAUAUGGGUAUGGGACGUACGAUCCCGGUUAAACAGGGUCAUCUCUAUAAGCGAAGUAGUAAAACACUGAAUAAGGAAUGGAAGAAGAAAUACGUUUGCUUGCAUUCCGAUGGACGAUUAUCGUAUCAUCAAACGCUUAAGGAUUAUAUGGAGAAAGAUACGAAUGGCAAAGAGGUGUUUUUGGGACUGGCCACAGUGCGAGUGGCUGGUCGACAACGACCGCGUGCUACUCAACGUGCACAAACGCAGCCAAUUACUGUACCUCGAGAUAUCAUGCAGUCGUCAUCAAAAGAGAGUGCAAAUGCCACCAAGCGAGAAUCCCUCGAUCCCAUAAGUACACGACGAACAAACGCACUUGUCACUGCAUAUGAAUUUCUUGGUCAAGACACAGCCAGCAGUAGGGGUACUUCUGCUGGUCAAACCACACCUGGUGAAGGAACGUCUGGAGGUAGUGAUGAUCAGCAGAUGUCAUUAGGAGUUCAGCCGUCACAACAGCAAUAUCAGCUGGCCAGUAGCACAAGUAGCUCGAUGGUGACAAGCGCCACACCAGCACUCACGUCCAAUAGUGCAGUGAAGAAGAAGAAGAGUCAUCGUCGGCUUGGGUCUGGUGUUAAGAAUCAUGAAGAAGGUUUGUUUUCAUUUCAAACUCGGCAGAAGCAGUUCAGUCCCAUAGCAUUUACAAAUUUCCACGAAAACUUCAACCCAUUAGUCUGA